AUGGACACAGAUGAUAAAGAAAGCUCAUUAGAUGAACUGAAGGAGCAGAUUAGAUUUCUGACUGAUGAGAACGUAAGGACCUGUUUGUCUGUACGUCUGUGCAGUAAACUGGGCUUGACACAGAGCAAAGCAGCUCAGCAUUCUGCUUCCAACCAAGACCUCAGUGCCCGACUGGUACGGAGUGAGGAAGAGAAACUGAAGAUCUCUAAGGAGCUUGUUGAAGUGAAGAUCGAAGCUAACAAGCAAAGAGAAAAAUAUGAGGCAGAAAUGUUUGAGCUGCAGAGUAAGGUGUUACAUCAGGAAGGUGUGGUAUCAAACCUGGAGGCAGAGCUGGGCCGGCUACAGCGGGAGGCUGAGUCAGUGUCAUCACGGAUACUGGUGGCUGAGGGUAACGAACGAGACAUGGUGGAGGAGUAUACGGCUCUGAAGAGUAACUUCCUGUCUGUAAGCGAGACUCUGGAGCGGGAGAUCUCACACUCUGAGGAACUGAGCAACGAACUGCUGACACUCGCACACACCCAUGAUGCACUCCUUCAGGAGAGAGAGCGCACACACUCACACACUCUCGAACUGCAGAGAGUCAGAGCGCUCCUCAGCAGAGUGUCACACAGUAGAGUCAGAAGAGUCAGAGCGCUCCUCAGCAGAGUGUCACACAGUAGAGUCAGACCAGAGGACCUGAGUGGAAGUCGAGUUGGUGCUGGUGGCUCAUACACACAUAGGACGUAUUGUGAGCUGAGGGAAGAGCUAGAGAAGAUGCGAAAGACCUAUGAAGAACAGCUCCUGCGACUGGAGGAGAAAAUUGUGUCCAUGGAAAAGGAGAAGCAGGAGAAGAGGAGAGCAAUCCGUAACACAGAACACGACAUUGCACAGCAAUCAGCCACUCUGCUUGUCACUCAGCAGAGGUUGAAGGAGGUGGAGGCUGAAAACUCCAAACUACAGAAUCAACUAAAGACCCUUAACCAGGAGUACAGAGCACGACUCACACACUAUAUACAUGACAUCGCGGAGUGUGUACAAGGUGAAGGAGAUGUUAGCAAGCGAUUGAAGGAGUACGUUGACUCCAUGCUGAAGGAAGUUAGAGUGUCGUAUCGCUCCAGAGAGGAACAACUCACCAGCACGCUGAAAACUUACAGAAAACGCUUACACAACCUCUACAAAACACACCAACUACUGCUCAGUGCAUACAGAAUUCAGCGAGAACAGAUCCUGGAGCACACCGAACUGGCUUUAGAGGCGGGUCCACCUGAGGCACAUUUUAACCCUAUGGAGAUGGAGCUUGAAGGAGAGCUUGAGAGAGAAGUACAGAGGCUAAGAGAGGACAAAUCCAGACUAGAGACCCAACUCAGACUGGCUCAGGAACAGGUAGCUUUGCUGUCACAACCAUCACAGAAUACAGCGCUGACCAAAGAAGCCUGGGACGAUAUCAGAAAGCAACUACGAGAGAUCACUGUUACUGCACAGGAAGCUCAUGAGAGGGAGCGAGCUCAGCUCAUCACCAGAGCAGCAGUUGCUGAGGAGCAGGUGCGUGAGCUACAGGAGUAUGUGGACAAUCAUCUGGGCAGGUAUAAGCUGGAAGUUACUCGACUGCAAAGGCUGCUGGGACUGGAGACAAGGCGACCACAGAGUGCUGAAAACAAUAAGCCCUGCCCUCUACAGCCGUCACUCGAAAAGACCAGUCAUGAAAUAUGAAUAAACU